UCAUGCUGUUCACUAAAGCCUGGUUUUAUGGAAAGCUGUACCUGCAAACUAUUUGCUUUGUGUACUGUACAGUAGCGGUGUGUGUGUGUGUGUGUGCAUGUGACCCCAGAGAGCCAAGGAGUGGUUGACAUGGUUAAUGUGUGACGGACAGGUGGGCCUGAAAGUCACAGAUGAUUGGACGAUAAGCCUCUAGGGUUAGCACGUGGUUCUGAACUUGAGAAUGUACAGUCCUGUAGUGCACGUGUUUUACAGCCUCUCAUAUAAAGCUUAUUUUGGUUACUCCCUGAGUCUCGCUGCUUCUCAAGAAAACUAAGCUGUUGACUCUGUAAUGUAAGGAUGGCGCAGACGGAGAGUGUUGUCAGCUUCCAGGAGAUGAUCAGACGGAAGAGGGAUGGUGGUCAGCUCAGUUCAGAGGAGAUCCGUGCUUUUGUACAGGGAGUUACAUCGGCCACAAUUCAGGAAAGUCAAAUAGGUGCCAUGCUCAUGGCCAUGUGGAUGAAGGGUAUGGUGGCAGAGGAAACCCUUGCUCUAACGAAGGAAAUGAUGAUGUCAGGGGAAGUUUUCCACUGGCCCGAGGAGUGGGCAGGGCUUGUGGUGGACAAACACUCAACAGGUGGAGUUGGAGACAAGGUCAGCCUUCCACUGGCCCCUGCUCUGGCUGCCUGUGGAUGCAAGGUUCCUAUGAUCAGUGGACGUGGUCUAGCACACACUGGAGGCACACUGGACAAGCUGGAGUCCAUCCCAGGGUUCAACAUCCACCAGACUGUGGAGCAGGUGAAGCAGAUUCUGCAGAAUGUGGGCUGUUGCAUUGUGGGUCAGACAGAGAAUCUGGUGCCUGCAGACAGAGUUCUGUAUGCUGUACGAGACGCCACUGCUACUGUGGAGAGUCUUCCACUUAUUACGGGCUCUAUCAUCUCAAAGAAAGGAGCUGAGCGACUGUGUGCACUUUUGUUAGAUGUGAAGUUCGGCAGAGCUGCUCUGUAUAAAGACCAGGACAGCGCCAAGGCCCUCGCCCAGUCUCUGGUUACCGUGGGAAACAGCUUGGGUAUGAAGACAGGGGCGGUGCUUAGCCGAAUGGAUGCUCCCAUUGGCCAUUGUGUGGGAAAUGCUCUGGAGGUAUGUGAAGCCUUGGAAUGCCUCAAAGGGCGGGGCCCUGAUGACCUGAAGGAACUGGUUAUAUCAUUAGGCGGCUUCCUGCUGUGGAUGAGCAAUCGAUCACCUACUCCAGAGAAAGGACAGAUGAUGAUCGCUGAGGUCCUGAAGAACGGGGCAGCCCUGCACAAGUUCCAGGCCAUGCUGGAGGCCCAAGGGGUGUCCACAGAUAUUGCCCGCUCCCUCUGCUCAGAAACCACAGAUUACUCCAAACACCUGAGACCUGCAGAGUACCAGACUCAGCUUCAGGCUUCAAGCGAUGGGACCGUUCUGGACAUUGAUGGCAUGGUCAUAGCCACAGUGCUGCACAGACUAGGGGCUGGCCGUACCCAGGCUGGGGAGCCAAUCAACCACAGCGUGGGGGCGAAGCUUCUAGUACACUUAGGUCAACAAGUACAGAAAGGUCAGUCCUGGAUCACGAUUCAUCACGAUUGUCCCGUACUGAGCCCAGAACAGCGUUCUGACCUGCAGGGAAGUUUGAUUGUUGGUGAAACAGACAGAUAUCAGCCUAAUGGCCGAGUGGUGGAGUUCAUCCAACCAAACUGACCCUUGUUGAGUCCACCAUAUCCAGCUGGAGACCAGUGGAUAUAGUUGACCAAUUAAACAGAGGAAUAAUGAAAGAGAUAGAGACAAAAACGCAAAAGAAAAGUACAAAAAACUCUAAACGGUGCAAAGUAUAGUUUUUUUGUAUUCAUCUAUACAGUAGUGCUUCAAUAUUUAUAAACUCUUUUGAAUUUUCUAUAUUUCUGCAUGAAUUCACAUAAAUGAAAGAAAAAAUAUUAGACUCAGGUAUUUACUUAUUUAGGAAAAUUAUGAUUAGCAAUAUUACAUACAGUUCCUGUGAGAGGUAAAAGUGUUUGAACCUUUGCUUUUUUAGUAUCUGGUAUGUCCCCCUUAAUCCUGAACAUUAUCUUUUGAUACAAACAGAACAACUUCAAUUCUGUUAUGUUGGUGCUUUUCCUUCCAUUAACUGUGGCUUCAGGUCCUUCCAUAACUUUUACAUUUUCAUUAUUGGAUUCUUUUAAGGAUUAAGGUCUGCACUUUGAAUUGGGCAUUGCAACACAUUAACUUUAUUCAUAUUUAACCAUUCUUUGGUAGAACAGCUUGUGUGUGCUUAGGGUCGUUGUCUUGCUGCAUGACCCACCUUCUCUUGAGAUUCAGUUCAUAGACAGUUAUAGAGUGUUAUUUUUCUUAAGAAAUGUUUGGCGUAAUUUAUAAUUCACUGUUUCAUCAAUAAUGGCAAGAUAUUAUGGCCCAGAUGCAGCAAAACAGACCCAAACCAUACCAAACCACACUACCACCACCAUGUUUCACAGAUGGGAUAAAGUAUUUGUGCUGGAUUGCAGUGUUUUCCUUUUUCCCAAACAUAACGAUUCUUCUGGGGAUGGAUAUAAUGUGCUUAUAUUUCCUCCAUUUGUUUUCCAGCUUGAUUUUUUUUUAACUUCUCAGAAAUCUACUUUUUUUAUACAGUAUAAAUUAAAAUAUUACAAGGUAGUCGCAUUUUAUUUUAGUAUGUUUUCA